CGUUGGCAGUUGUUGCGUGUUGACAAUGUGUCAGGUCUAAUGACCAAACAAAGCCCAUCCUGGACUGGGUUCCAUGUCAAACGAAGGAUGCUGCGACUUGGGGUAAUGGCCAACCAAGGCGGUUGCUCUGCUGACAGCCCUGUGGUUUCUGUCACGCGCAUUGAAUCAGAAUCUGAAGCCGAAGCUGGAACUGGAGAUGGAACUGGAGAUGGAGCUGAAGCUGGAGCUGGAGCCUCGGUUGCAUUUCACUUGAUGUCCUCUCCCACUUGUCGUCAUCGCUGUCAGUGCAGCGGAGAAGGCGACGUCCUGGGUGUCCUGGGAACCCUAGAAGUCGUCCUGCGAGUUGUCCCGCCCGUCAUCCGGCUGCUUAAUGUCAACUCUUGGCAUUUUGUCUUAGCAGCAACAGAAAAAAAUUGAAUUUAUGAUAGGGACUUUGGGUGUUUGCGCAUUCUGCUGGCCACGCAGAUUUUGCACCGAUAGCUUUUGGCCUGGCUCAGCAACUCAAUUCCGUCGUAAUGCUGCCACCAAUGCUGCUCCUCCUCGAGCUUUCAACGGAUUCCAUUUCGGCUCCCUAACGCAAAUCAACUGACCGAGCUGGCGAAUUGCGGAUUUCAAAUGAAUUUUGCACUUUUCAAUCUAGAACUUCAUUAAUUUUAGCGCUCUACUUGCACUUAAACUUGAGCUUUUCUUAGUUUAAGCUAAGAAUGUGUUGAUUCCUGUUUGGUAAGAAGGCAAAGAUAAUUUGAUGUAAUUAUUUCCAAAG